ACAAAUUUUUCGCCCGAAUUUUAAUUUGUUCACCUUAUUUUCAUUGUUUCUUAUUGUAAAAUGUCUGAUUUUACUGAAAAUACUCGAAUAAUCAAUGCUGAAAAUCAAGACCAACUUAUUGAAGCCCGAGAUGCCGAAGUUGAGAAAGUGGAAAAACUGAAAUUUCUCCUGAAUUUGCUCAAAAAUGCAAACCUCCGUCAAGUUGAAAUUCCAGACAAAGAAGGCAUCCAAAAAGCCAUCAAGAUUUUAAGAAUCCAAGACUAUUUACGUUUGGAUGAAACUUCUUCGAGUCUAGAUCUUCACGAUUGCAAGAUUGUUGCUAUAACUUACACCGAACGGAAGGCCUUAAGGAACUAUCUUAUUCGAAAAGUGGCCGAAGUUUGUGAUCCAAUUGUAAAAUUUUCCCAAAAAAUUAAAGAAGAACUACCAGAGGUGUAUGGAUCGGUGGAUAGAAAUAAACAAAUUCUAGAAUUAGAGACAAAGAGACGGGAAUUGCAGUUGAAACUGGCAGAGGUUAAGAACAAAAAGUGUGCAAUGCUUAAAGCAGCUGCAGAUCUUAAAAUGGGACCGUACUUGAAGAAUGAAUUGGAGCUUAUGUUGGCCGAGCAUAGAUUGAAUCAAAUGAAGACUUCAGUUUUGCAAGGAUACAUCCUGAGCACUUUGUUUUCUCCCAAAUAUACACGAACUGAGCAACCCGUGACCACAAAGGCAAUCAAGGAGGCAGAAACAUUCAUUGAUGCCGCACUGGAGGCGGAAGAAUAGGGUGUUCUUUUUUUCCUAUAAUUUAAUCAAAACUCUCACAGAAAAGUUGUGCAAAAUAUUGGGCUUUCUCACAACUUUCUUUUAUAUCGAAAAUUUCCUAUUAAACAAGUAAAAUCAUCAAACUUUUCUAAUUUUUUAAUGACUUAGAGAGAGGUUUUAUACAAUUUCAGAGAAAACAAAAUCAAAAACAGUUUAACGAUGGAUUGAAAUUUAAGAAUGUAGAUUUAAGAUAAGUUAAGUUUUAAGUAUGAAAGGUUUUAAAAAUGUAACUAAACCCAGUACAAAUCCAUAAGACAGACUAUGUAAAUAAAUAUUCCUUCCUAAAGGGUUUUAAGUAAACUUCCAAA